AUGCAGAAGCUUAUUUCAUCCAGAAGCUGCAUCCGAAUGAUACGAGUAUUCAUCACAGUGCUGGUGUUUGUCGUGCCAGCUGCAAGUCACGAGAGUGCAGCAUCGACCAACAGCACACGUCUCAAUGUUACUGACUACUGGAUUGAAGACCAUCCGUACGUGUACCUUCCUUACUGGAAGCGCCUUCAAAAUGGUAAAAUUGUACUGAAGAACGACUCGACCUUCAGUAGCGUACGUGAUACAGCUAGGACAAAUACGUCAUGGAUUUCAAGGUGGGUCCUCUCAAGUGAGGGUCAACGCACGCUACGAAAAGAUAUAUCACGGCUGCUGAUGUACAAUCUAGUGUCUCCCAUGGACUACGGGGACUCGCUGCGGUCUAGUAACGUGCGUCGGCGCCGUAACAAAGCGGUACGCAUGUUUCUAACAGACAACUUGGCACUUCCAGCCUUGAAAAUUUUCGGUCGUGUAGCUUGGAAUCUCAUUCAAAGUCAUUACGUUGACUAUUUCAAAGACGAGAUGUUCACGCAGCGUUUAAAGACUAUGAACGCUAGUGAGAUGAUACGAGAAUUUAACCUCACACUCCCAAUAGAGGCGAUCGAAGAGAUACAAGAUGAAGAUAGCCGACUAAACACAACGCAGGCAUACGAGUAUGAUGGAGAAAAAAAGCGAGCUCAAUUAUACAGACAGUACCCGCAGCUUUUGAACCAUACGAGAAUUACUCGAACCAGUUUUACACCCGAGCCGAUACUUUGCCGCCACCCACAUUUCCUGCCGACAGCUAUCCGUGGCUUUGGUCUUCGCGGCUUAACAUGA